AUGGAUGUUGAGAAGCUGAUUGUCCUGGUGCAGGAUAGGCCCUGCCUCUGGGAUCUCCGUUGUUCUGAAUACCAGGACCGAUAUAAAAAGGACGCUGCCUGGGAGGAGGUUACCCAGGAUCUAUUUGCAGCCAUAUGGCAAACGACAAAAGGGCAAAGUCGCCGGAAUUUAAUUGAAGAGGUCAAGAAUCGUUGGCGGAGCUGCCGAGACCAAUUCCGCAAGGAAAUGCGAAAGCAGGGGCGGAGCGGGGCUGGUCUCCCCAAGAAAAGGCCGUACCUCUUCCGGGAGCAGCUAAUGUUCCUCCGCGCUGUCAUGGAUCUGCGUCCAACGGAGGACAACCUAGAGGAGGAUGAAGACGAAUCUGCACCCCAGUUGUCAAGUGCCUGUGACGAGGAGCCGACAGCUGGGCAGCAGGAGAGUCUUCCGGGACCAACACCAGGACCUUCCGAGCCUCCUGCAGCAUCAGGAGCUGAUUCCCCCCCCCUCCCUCUGGCUCUACCCAUCAGGUCCAGACGACGGGCAAAUCCCCCUGCCGAGUCCAACAUGGGCUCACAUUUACUCCGAGCAGACAAUAAGAUAGAUUUGGAGCAUCAUGAAAGAAGUUGGGAAGAUUUUGCUACUUACAGCAUCUUCUUGUUUGGCUUGUUUUAG